GUGAAUACACUUCAAAAGAAAAUGUUCCUUGUGAAAUGGCUGCAUCGUAACAUGUUAUUUGUGUGUUUGUUGUAACUGAAGGCAAUGGCUCCGCUGCCUGAGACUCAUCCCGCCUCGCCGCCGCCGGAACUCGGCGCACUUCCUUCCUCCCCUCUGUUCCUGCUUUCUUUCUGUCUUCAGACGCGUGUCUUUUCUCCCGCAGACGCAGAGCUCGUGCGCAAAGAUGGGACGGAUCCCGAGCCGCGGUCAGAAGAGUCAGAGCCGGAGGACGAGCUGGACCCCUGGGACCUGCCGGAGCUCCGGGACACCGGGGUGAAGUGGUCAGAUCUCGACACGAAGGGGAAAGUUCUGCGCGUCCUCAAGUCCAUCGUGAAGUUCAUUCUCCUGCUGGGUUUGCUCUACGUGUUCGUCUGCUCUCUGGACAUCCUGAGCUCCGCUUUCCAGCUUGUAGGAGGGAAGGCAGCUGGCGAUAUCUUCCAGGACAAUGCGGUUCUGUCGAACCCUGUGGCUGGUCUGGUGAUUGGAGUCCUGGUCACUGUUCUGGUUCAAAGCUCAAGCACCUCGUCCUCCAUUGUGGUCAGCAUGGUAUCGUCUGGAUUGUUGGAGGUGAAAUCUGCAGUGCCAAUCAUUAUGGGUGCUAAUAUCGGCACUUCUGUGACAAACACCAUUGUGGCCGUGAUGCAGGCGGGAGACCGCAACGAGUUUCGCAGGGCAUUUGCUGGAGCUACGGUCCAUGACUUCUUUAACUGGCUGUCUGUCCUGGUGCUGUUGCCUCUGGAGGUGGCUUCAGGAUACCUCUACAGACUCACCAAACUUAUAAUUGAUUCCUUUAACAUCCAGACGGGUGCAGACGCUCCAGACCUUUUAAAGGUCAUCACUGAACCCCUCACCAAGAACAUCAUUGAGCUGGACACAUCUGUGAUCCGUGACAUCGCCACUGGAGACCCUGCUGCCCGAAACAAAAGUCUGGUUAAGAUCUGGUGUAAAACAGAAAAAAUCACGAACCUCAUGAAUAUAACAGUCCCUGGAUUCGCAAACUGCACGCCUGGCGCCCUCUGCUGGGAGGAGGACGGCCAGAUCUGGACUCAAGAGAACCAAACGGAAACAAACAACUUGGAAAAAUGUACUCACAUGUUUGUGUACGCUGAUCUGCCGGACCUGGCGGUGGGCUUGAUUUUGUUGGCUCUGUCGUUGCUGGCCCUCUGCACCUGCCUGAUUCUGAUCGUCAAGCUGCUGAACUCAAUGUUGAAGGGUCAGGUGGCGGUCAUGAUCAAAAAGGUGCUCAACACCGAUUUCCCUUUCCCUUUCGCCUGGGUCACUGGAUAUCUCGCCAUGCUUGUUGGAGCCGGAAUGACCUUCAUUGUUCAGAGCAGCUCUGUCUUCACCUCAGCUAUCACUCCAUUAGUCGGUAUUGGUGUCAUUAGCCUUGAGAGGGCGUAUCCACUCACACUGGGCUCCAAUAUUGGCACAACAACCACAGCUAUUCUAGCUGCCCUCGCCAGUCCUGGAGAGACACUGGCAAACUCUCUACAGGUUUCUCUCUGUCACUUCUUCUUCAACAUCAGUGGUAUCCUGCUCUGGUAUCCCAUCCCUUUCACACGCAUCCCCAUCCGAUUAGCCAAAGCUUUGGGCAACUGCACGGCUAAGUACCGCUGGUUUGCGGCACUGUAUCUCAUCCUGAUCUUCCUCCUCUUCCCACUGGCAGUCCUGGGCCUCUCCAUCGCGGGGUGGCAGGUCUUGGUGGGGGUCGGAGUGCCCGUGUUGGUCUUGGCGAUCUUUGCGAUCGUGGUAAACAUUAUGCAGAAACGCUGCCCACAUUUCCUGCCAUCAUUCCUCCGCAGCUGGGAUUUCCUGCCCACACCGCUACACUCCCUCAAACCCUGGGACAAAGUGGUGACUGCUAGCAUGACCUUCUGCAGGACUCGCUGCUGCUGCUGCUGCUGCAGCUGCAAAGAAAAAGAGAAGGAUGAAGAGAAGGAUGAUGUGAAAACCAAGGAUAAGAGUUUAGAGAUGUAUGACAACCCUGCGCUCACUAUAGAGGAUGAGGCCAAAGUAACAGCGACACAUUUAUAAUGCAUUAUAAUUUAUAACAAAAUGUGUUUUUCUGGUAAUGCUCAAAAACAGCACAUUGGGUCCAUGUGCAACUUUGUUGUUGAUGACUGCAACAUAUUUAAUCACUACAUUUAAAUCUUUCCAAAAGAAUAGUUCAGUUAGGCUGCAUUUACACUGGGACAAAAAAAUCAGAUUUUUUUUUGCUCGCAUCUGAAUUUGUUGUACAUGUGUAAACACAAAAUUCCGCACGAGAUACGAAUUUUUUAUUUUUUCACAUUUGAUUUGGGCCACUUCCAAAUGUGGACUUUAAUCAGGUACAUAUCUGAUAUCUGGACAUCCGACCUGCAUCUAAACACACGCAUCCGAUUCCCCGCAGAAAUCUGAGCCACCACAAUGCGAUGGCGACAUUUUUGCUAAUAAAGAUAGCGUUUUAAUGUCGGAGUGCUGUAUAUGUGCUUGCAUUUUAUUGAGGUGGAAACUUUGUGGAAACUGCACAAUAUUGAGGAGCUGGUUUUCAACCCCUGUCCUGUGAAUUUUUUAAAUACAAUA